GUCUCCAAUCCGGAUAUCAGAAGAUUCACUUGGAGAAGAAGCAAGCCCGAAAUUCUUUGUCGCUUGGACUUUUUCUUGACGAGUAAUAGUCUAAGUUCGGCAAUUACAAAAGCUGAUAUUUUACCAGGGUACAAAACAGACCAUUCUUUGAUAACGCUCCACCUUGCAAACAAUACCAAUCCCAGGGGCCCGGGCUUCUGGAAGUUAAAUACGUCUUUUCUAUCAGACAGUGAAUAUAUUAAUUUGAUAAAAACAACAAUCUCUGAAGUUGCAAAUGAAUACCAAAAUAACACUGAGGUUGAUGCC